AUGGCGCCGAAGCGGAAGCCCGCCGCAGCGGCGGAGCGGGACCCUGACGGCAUAUUCCGCGGCAUCUCCGCUUUCAUCGUUCCCCACGGCGUCCAGGCUCGCCGCCUCGAGGUGUGGAAGCAGAGGCUGGUGCAGAUGGGGGGCCGAGUCGUGGAGAAGCCCACCAAGGGCGAGCUGGCCGGGGUCAACCACGUGUUGGCCAUGGACGCCAAGGCGCUGCUCCGGGAGCUCGACGCCGCCUGGCUCCACCGCUUCAGCGGGAGUGUGGUAUCCUUUGAAUGGAUGGAGGAGUGCCUCAAGUCCGGGGAGAGGCUGCCCAACCACAAGUUUGCAAUCAAUUACGAAGAGGAAUUAAAGCCAAAGAAUGCGGUUGGCACUGGAAAUUUAGGUGCGCCGCAGCCCGCUAAAAGAACCAAAAUGUCGUGUGAGUAUCCUGGGGACUGCCAGAGAAUUAGUGGAGGGGAUAGGGAGAGCGAACUAGCAGCUGGAGGGUCUCCUGGUGCAAGUGCACUUGCGGUUGAAGGAUCAAGUGCUGGAAAGCAGCCUAACCAGUAUGCAAGUAGCCAAAGUAGCUCAGCAGAUUCCAAGGAUACUGUAGGUUCUCAUGGUACAUUUGACAUAGAGGAAGUCUCUUCUGGAGGACCCAGCAUAUAUGCUCCAGCAGACUUGAACAGGAACAUCACCAAAAUUUUCGGAAGGCUUAUUGAUAUAUAUAGGGCCCUGGGAGAAGACAGAAGAUCAUUUAGCUAUUACAAGGCCAUACCGGUUAUUGAGAAAUUGCCAUUCAAAAUCGAAAGUGCUGACCAAGUCAAAGGUCUCCCUACUAUCGGGAAAUCUUUGAAAGACCAUAUAAAUGAAAUAGUCACCACUGGAAAACUCUCCAAGCUGGAACACUUUGAGAAUGAUGAAAAGGUACGGACCAUCAGUUUAUUCGGUGAAGUUUGGGGAGUUGGUCCUGCAACUGCACUCAAGUUAUAUGAAAAGGGACACCGUACUCUUGAUGAUCUACGCAAAGAUGAAUCACUUACAAAUGCACAGAGGAUUGGAUUGAAGUUCUUUGAUGAUAUCAAGCAAAGAAUACCCUGGCAUGAAGUUAGCGAGAUGGAGAAGCUUUUACAAGAUGUUGGGACUGAUAUCUUGCCUGGGGUAAUAAUUGUUUGUGGAGGAUCAUAUAGACGUGGUAAAGCAUCUUGUGGUGACAUGGAUAUUAUUAUAACUCAUCCUGAUGGAGAAAGCCAUGUAGGAUUUUUAUCCAAGUUUGUUCAACGGCUGAAGGAAAUUAACUUUUUGAGGGAGGAUCUUAUCUUUAGCAUACACAGUGUUGAUGGAACUGAUAGCGGGGUCGACACAUACUUUGGUCUUUGCACGUACCCUGGGCGUGAGCUGCGGCACCGUAUCGACUUAAAGGUAUACCCGAGGAACAGAUAUGCAUGUGGUCUGUUUCAUUGGACUGGAAAUGAUGUACUCAAUCGGCGAUUAAGGCUACUAGCAGAUUCUAAGGGAUAUGUACUUGACGAUACUGGAUUAUAUCUAGCUACACGUGGCAGUGGUGGAAAGCAUGCUGGCAGAUCAGACGCCAUAGUUAACUGUCACACCGAGAAGGAUGUGUUCGAGACGCUUGGAUUCCCUUGGCUGGAACCCCAUGAGCGCAACCUUUAG